CUCUCUUUUUGCUCUGCUGUUUCUUGCAUUCAUCUUCCUCCAUUUCCUUCAUUUUCUUUCGUUUCUUUCAUUGCAAUCUCUUUUUGCUCUCCCGUUUGCUACACUUAUCUUCCUUCAUUUCCUUGGAUUUGCAAAGAAGAAAACAUGGCUGAGGUUGCAGGCAUACUUGUCUCUCCCUUUCUCCAAGCCUUUUUUGAGCGAAUGGCAUCCCGCGAGUUUGCUGACAUCUUUCGAGGAAGAAAACUCAAUGAACGUCUCUUACACAAGUUGAAGAUAGCAUUGCUGUCCGUGAAUGCACUGGUUGAAGACGCGGAGGCUUACAAAGCCUGCUGUGAAAGAGUGGCUGGAGGAGUCGAAAGAUGCUGUCUAUGAGGCUGAAGACGUCUUGGAUGAGAUAGCCACCGAAGCCUUGAAACGUAAGUUGGAUGCUGAAUUUCAAACCACUUCAAGUAAUCUACGUAAAUCUAUCUCUACUUUCCUUGGUCAUUUUGUCAAGGUCAUAGAGCCAAAGAUAGCAGAGCUACUUGGCAAACUAGAAUAUCUAGCAAAACAAAAAGAUGUUCUAGGUCUGAAAGAAGGUGUUGGAGGAGAAUCAUUAAAAAGAUUCCCCACGACUUCUUUGGUAGAAGAAUCUGGUAUUUUUGGUAGGGAUGGUGAUAAGGAAAAAAUAAUAAGCUUGCUGCUCUCUGACGAUGCAACUGGCAAUGAAAAUCUGUGCGUUAUUCCCAUAGUGGGCAUGGGGGGAAUUGGCAAGACCACCCUUGCCCAGCUUGUAUACAAGGACAAGAGGGUGAAUGAGCAUUUUGACUUUAAGGCAUGGGUAUGUGUUUCGGAUGAGUUUGACGUGUUCAGGGUAACUAAAACAGUUCUAGAGGCAGUGACUUUGUCAACUUGUGAUAUGAAGGAUCUAAAUCUACUUCAAGUUACACUACAAGAUAAGUUGAUGGGGAAGAAGUUCGUACUUGUUUUAGAUAACGUAUGGAAUGAGAAUUAUGCUGAUUGGGAGGUCUUGAGUAGUCCAUUUAGAUCUGGGGCACGAGGAAGUACAGUCAUUGUAACAACACGCAAUGAUAGUGUUGCCUCAAUCAUGCGUGCUGUUUCAACUGAUCGUCUUAAGCCAUUAUUGGAAGACGAUUGUUGGUUACUAUUUGAAAAACAUGCAUUCCACGAUGGCAACAUUGAUGCACGUUCACAGCUAGAAGUAAUAGGUAGACAAAUUGUGAAAAAGUGUGAAGGUCUACCUUUAGCAGCCAAGGCAAUUGGGAGUCUCCUGCGUUCUAAACUAAGUGUUGAUGAGUGAGAGAAAAUAUUGAAGAGCGAAGUAUGGGAUUCACCAAUUGGCAAAAAAAAUAUUCUUCCAGCUUUAAGAUUAAGUUACAAAUAUCUUCUAUCACAUCUAAAACAAUGUUUUGCUUACUGUUCAAUAUUUCCCAAAGAUCAUGUUUUAAAAAAAGAUAAAGUAGUCUUAUUAUGGAUGGCAGAAGGUUUUUUAAAAGAAACUAUAAACAAGAAAAUGGAAGAGGUUGGUGAAGAUUACUUCCUUGACUUGGCAUCAAGAUCAUUGUUGGAACAAUCAAGUGACAAUAAAUCAGGUUUUGUAAUGCAUGAUCUCGUCAACGACUUGGCCAAAUUCGUAUCUGGGAAAUUUACCUGUAGAUUGCAUAUUGACCAUUCUCCUGAAACUAUGAACGAGAC